AUGUUUCAGCUUUGGAAACUUGUUCUCUUGUGCGGCCUGCUCGCUGGGACCUCAGCAUCUCUUCUUGACAAUCGUGGCAACGAUGUUCUGAGGAAGCUGAGAUCUGCUCUUGAGAGUGGACUUGCCAGCUUUGACAGUGCAAUUGAAAUUAUCUUUCAGAAUUUGAAGGCUGAAUUGGAAUCCAAGUGUUCAGACGAGGUUGCGGAGAGCCAGGAAUCUGAGAAUUUGUUGGAACAACUCAUUUCUGGAAUUUUUCAAGUAGUGAACAGGCUUACAGGGGUGAGAAUCAGGAAUGUCCAAGUCCCGGAUAUCACAUUCGAGGCGACUUCUAACAACAGUGCUGACGUGAAGAUCCCCAUCACUGCUGAUGUCACCGUGAACCUGCCUCUGUUGGGUGAGAUUGUUGACCUGGACCUCAAAGUGGACCUCCAAACUAGUGUCAGCAUUGAAACUGAUGCCGAGAGUGGUGACUCCAGUGUGGUCGUGGGAGAAUGCACCAACAACCCAGAAAGCAUCUCACUCACGGUGCUGCACAGGCGCUUUGGACUGCUCAACGACGUUGUGGACGUUGGCAUCAACCUUGCGAGAAGAGUGGUGUCCUCGGUGGUGCAGGACGAGCUGUGCCCACGAAUCCGUGAACUCCUUGAAAGCCUGGGUGCAGAGUGUGUUAAGAAACUUAUCGAAACUGCUGCCCAAAAUGAUGUGAGAAAGAGGAUGGGCCAGAUCUGGGUUCAAACCAUGGAUCUGCGACUUAGCAACUGUGCAAUCCUGGUCAACUGGCUCCGCCUCUCUGAGCCUCGGGUUCCUCCCAGGUGA